AUGCCCCCAAGACCCCAAUCCAUUGCGCAUUUCCCCCCUCGGGGUCCCAACGGCAUGGGGACCUCGCGCUCGACCUCACCACUCCCGCCGAGACCCGUCUCCCUCGCUGUUCCAGUUCCCGGCAAGCCCACGAUAAACAACAACAACAACAACAACAACAAUCGCAGGUCGCCUUCACCCUCGCCCGCCUCCAGGCCCCGACCAGUGCCGUCGCCGUCACCACAAACUCUCGAGUCCGACCAAGAUUCAAUACGACGAGGCGCCAGAAAAACAAGGAAACAACCACCUGCGGCAAUUGUGACCACCACCAUCACCCCUUCUGGAGCGCGGACAGCACACAUCUCGACCUCUUCUAGACCAAGCAGCAAAGCCAGCAGCAGCAGUAGCAGUACCACCACCACCACCGCCACCACCGGAAAGAGCUCCUCCGCUGCAACCAAGCGCGCAACUGCAACCGCAACUCCAACUCCCUCCUCGGCUGCAUCUCCUGCCGGCGCAGCAACCCCGACCUCCACCUCGUCCCGGAACUUCCCCGUUCUCAAGGCCCGCGCAAGUCAACAUGGUGCGGCAGCGCACUCGAAUUUAAACCCAGGAAUGGACAAACCGUCAAACACGCAGUCGCCGACCGUCGCCAGAAUGCCCUACGAUCGGGCCUCAACCACAACCACCCGACAGCCGCAAACGGCCUCCGUCGCAAGAGCCUCCACCAAGGCACCCCUUACUCCAAAGGUCACCACAGCCCGAGUUUCGUCCGCCUCCACCGUCUCCUCAGCCUCCACGACAAGGCGAAGGCCCGAGUCGGUAAUCAGCAGCACUAGUUCGAGGGACAGAGAACAUGUCGCGUCGCCAGUGCCGCCCUAUUUAGCCGGCAACGUUACCCCGAGAGCUGCGUCGAGACCAAGUCGUGUCAACAGCACCGCUACGACCCCUCUUGCUACUCCAAGUCUCGACCGGAACGACCAGUGGGAUACGCGAUCGAGCUUGUCCAUAACCUCACAAACGACCGACGACCCUCGACGACCCAUCGUUACCUUUAGUCCAGCUUCCGAUGUUGGAGUCCCCAGACAAGAUCCGGAUUCCAAAUUCUUCUAUGCCUCCGAGGCUGCACCGAGAUCACCCGCCCAAGGGAGGCCCCCUAUUCUCCAACAGGCCAAAUCCUCCUCUUUCUUCUAUGCAAAUGGAGGCACAAUACCACCAAAGGAGAGCCCGGGUCCGGCCUCCCCCUUACCCUCCCUAGGAGCGCCGUUCCAGCAACAACAGGACAAACUUUUGAGCAAGUUUAUUUACGCCAACGGGGCAGCCGAUCCGGAGCCUCCGGUGAGAACCCGGUCCAGGCCAUCGUCAGUGGUAUCAACAGCGUCCAGGGCACCGUCAAACAGGCCGCCAAGUGUGCUCUCUCAGACACACUAUCCUAACAAACCCACAUCACCCGUUAAGCUAACCCCUCAGACAUCCGGAAGGAGUGGGAGUAUAUCGGCUAUGAACUCGCCGCGAUCCCCUGUCUCGGCUAGCGCUGCUUCUUCAAACCGAGAGUCCGUGAAACGCAAGUCUCUGGCUGACCAGCCCGGGACGGCGCCAAUCAAUGGGCAAUCAACGAAACGCAAAUCUCUCAACGAGCUUCCCUCUCGACCUGCAAGUGGACCGGUGCCCAGUCGCCCCAGCAGCCUGGUCAUGGCCGAACCACCAGCAGUGGCCAGGGUCGUGACGCCAUAUAGUUCUCGGCCUCCUUCAGAAGCACCAUCACCUUCUGUUCUAUCCGUACCUGCUCCGUUCAGUUCCUUGUCUGAGAAUAUGGCCUCUGGUGGAUUCGCCUCACUUCUCCAGGCUGCCGAGGACUUUGUCGCCGAGGAAGAUGAGCAAGAUGAAGCAGAAGAAGGGGAGGAGAGCGGUGGAGAUGGGGAACCGCGGAGAGGCUCAGUAAGCAGUCCAUCAAAGUCAUCUCCGCAGGACAAGGAGAUAUCAGACCUUGUUGCGAAUGCCCGGAGGGAGCGGAAGGUCCAGGAUUUGCAGAUUACGAACGCAAGUCUUGAGGCGAUUAACCGCACUCUGGAACGGCAACUGCGGAAACAGACGGCUGAGCUUCGGGCUUACAAACGCCUAUCCCGCUCGGGGCGGUUAAAUGUCGGGCCCGCUCUAGUCGCCUCUCCAGCUGAUGCCGGGCUUUUGGCCGGGGCUGAUCUGGACGCACUCAGCGAAGAGGGCAGCGAGCUAGGAGCGGAAGACGGGGAACGGGACACACUGACGGAGGAGUUGGAAGAUGAAGAUGACGACGACCUCUCAGGAUCGGAGGAUUCCGCUGACAUGACGCCAGCCACGAAAGCGAUUCGCGAUGCUGAACGACGAGAAAAGGACGAAGAGAGGUUGCGGCUGGAUUUAUCCAAGCAUCAGCAAUUGCUAUCAGACAGCCAGAAGAUCAACCAGAGCCUGAAACGGUGUUUGGGCUGGACAGAAGAGCUGAUCAAGGAAGGGAAGCGUGCGCUGGCGUACCAAGUGAAGGCAAGCGACGUUGAGAUUGGUGGGCGGGUCCUUGCCCCUGAAGAGGUGGAGGCUCGGGAGGCUCGGGAAAGGGAAGAAGCCGCCGGCGAGGGCGAUACGGAUACCAUUGACGAUACCAUCAGCGAUACCGACCUCGAGGACGAUGAGAGCAUUUUCACGCCGGAACCCGGCGUUCUUAUGCCGCGACUGGCGGCCAAGUUUAUCAACGAACAGAACAGACAACAGCAGUCCUGGGGAAAACAGACGCAGGAUAGGGACAGCGGCAUUGAGUUACAACCCACGGAUGGCGGGUGA